GAGAAGGCGACGGCGUUAGAGUUGUGACCCGACCAUGCGUUUGCUGUUUCAAGGAACGGCGGAUCUGGUGUCUCUAGUGGAAAUCGAAGGUCCUUGGUGGUGGUUUAACGGGAGUUUUGUUGGUGGAUUAACGGGAGAUUUGUUGGUGUCUCUGGUGGAAAUUGAAGGUCCUUGUUGGUGUAUAAAUGGGAUAUUAAUUCUCAGGGUUUGUGGGUUUGAUCCGGUUUCGAUUGGCAAAAGUUUUGCUUGGGUUUCGAUUGGAAAUGGGGAAAUCAGUCGGUGGAAUUGGGUUUGUUUUGGUCUUUCUGGGGAACGAGGUUUUGGUCGGAUCUGGGUGAUUCAAGUCAGAAUCGGGGUCGGAGAAUUAGAGAUGGGAUUUGAUGGCAGGUUUUGGUGGUUUCGUUGGGAUUUGAUGGUGGGUUUUGAUGGCAAGUUUUGUUGGUUUCUUUGGGAUGAACUAUAUUUCAGGGCAAAUAAGAGGUGGGUCUCCAUAUACGGAGGUGAAUGUCUAAGGAGUGAGGUCAUGGUGUUUGAAAAUAGAAGUGAAGAAGCUUGGGAUCGGAGAGGGGUCGACGAGAGAAGCAACAGUCAGGGUUUUGUCGGAGUCUAUAGAGGGUAUCAAAUGGGUGUGAUUGGGGAAGAGCUCACGGUGGUAGAGUUAUACAUAUUUUAUCUGAUUUCAAUGGGUACAGCUCAAAGGAGUAGAAGAAUUCUACGAUAUCAGUUUCUAUGGACAGGAGUGGAGAGUCGGGUGUUAAGACCAGAGAUGUUUUUUCAUCUUAUUUGGGAGAUUGAUAUCUCUCGGAGAUCUCAGGUGAGUCACUUGGUUUUAAAUGAGCUCAAUCUUUCAUAUCUGGAAAGGUUUAUAUCGGUAGCGAUCGUGGUGCAAAAGGGCAAAGGUUUACGGCUGGAGAAAUUAUUUCCGGUUGUAAUUUCAUUGGGUGAGUUUUGGUCAAUUGAUGAGGGAAAUUCAGAGGAAGUACAAAGAGUAAGCGAGCGGAGAGAGAUUCUAGAAGCCUUAUCAAGGUUUCUUUACUAUCUGAUAAAGGCUAGAAGAGCUAAGAUUUCACGGUGGGGUUUAAUGGUCAUAAUAGUGAUUGAUUUUUGCGGUUCCAUGAUUUACUUUGAAGGAGAUAUAGAUUUGAAGAUGGGUGUAUAUAAAUCAGUGUCACAGCCUGGUGGUAUUGCUCACCUCAUCUCAUUUUCAGCAAUUCAAAGCAUCAACGAUUUAUUUUUAGCCUUGGACUUCAUAAUUCUUGGGUUUUAUUGGUUGUAUCUUUUUCUUGGGUUUAUAUUAUUCUGGUUUCUUAUUGUUUUGGUGGAAGUGAUGCCUCAAAGCUCCAUGGUUAGUCAAGGAUCCCAUGGAAACAUCAUGAGCAACAUGGUUGGUCUUGGACUACGGAUCAAAGAGGUUUUCGGUUGAAAACGAUUGAGGAGAGAAGGUCAGGUGAAGGAGUUUUUAACAGAUGGUUUUCCGGUGAUAGGAGAAGGAGGGCGUUGAGUACUCUUCCAUGGGCUAUUGUGGGUGGUCGGAAUAUUUCUAAAAGUUAUGAUGUGGGUAGGUUGAUUUUGGAUUUUGAGUGUAUGGAGUGGAGUUUCAUUGGUUGUAACAAACGUUUUUACAAUAGUUUGAUUUCGGGUUUUUCAUGGUUGGAUGUGGAUACUUUAAGGGUAAGAAUAUCAAUGGUCAAUUGUAAUUUGGUUUCUCUAAGAAAUAAUCAAGGGAAUGAAGGGCAUAACCCGACGCACCAUGGCACGGUGAAGAGAUUAACAGGUGGACGCAACCCACUUAAUCGAAAGGUUGAUAAUAAAUGAAAGUUUUAAGUUGGAAUUGUCAAGGGUUAGGAAAUAAGGCAACAAUUGGGUAUCUUCGGGAUUUGUGGAAGCAACAUAGGCCGGAUUUUUUAUUUCUGUCGGAAACUAAACAAUCUUCUUCUUUUAUGGAAAAAUUUGUAGGUCACUUUGGUUAUAAAAAUUUAAAAACGGUGGAUCCUAUUGGUUGUAGUGGCGGUUUAGCCCUUUUUUUUAAUAAUGAUUAUCAUGUUUCGGUUUUA